AUGAGUUCAAGUUUCUGGGAAUUUUUUACCACCAUGAGAAAAAAGAACCUUAUGGAAAAUAACAAGGAACAUAAAUUCUGUAUAUGCGAAAGCGUAUUAAGGGAAUACUGCACCAACAAUAAGAUAGAACUCCCAGAAAUGACGGAAGGAAAGUUGUCUUAUGGAAUGGUAACUUUGGAAGAGCUAUUAUGCCUAGGAUCAACAAGUACUAGUGGAGAGAGUGUUAACAAGAAAAACGAUGUAAAUCAUUCAGCUGAUCCGUGGUAUUAA